GUCAAUUUAACACGAGAUUUUGACGUUCAGAUGCUUUGUAGUUGGACAAUGGUGUAACUAGCGGAGCUGCAACUAAAAAGCGGUCCAGUUACUCAAUUAUCGCAAUUAUGUUGUCUAUCAGUACUUUCGCUUUUAAGUUAAAAUAACAAUACUGUAUUCUUGUUCCUAUCCAAAAUUUCUAUAUUUAAUUUCAUGUUAUUUUUUUCAGGCGCAUAGCUACGACUUACUUCACCCAGAUUUAAGCGUUACUAAACAUGAAACGAUGGUCAUGAUGAUGAACAUAUUCAUGCGACAUACAUUAUCAAACAUAGCAAUCGAGGAUAUCCUCUGUAUGAUUAAUGUUCUUAUUGGACAUAGAGCGCUCCCUGAAUCGUUUCAAUUAUUCUCGAACUAUUUCGCAGCAAAAGAUUAUCAACGCCAUUAUAUUUGUAAAAAAUGUGGUCUAUAUCUCGGCAGUGACAACAAAAAGCUAUGUGACAUUUGCGCUAUCAACGAAACUUUUUUUUGUCACUUUCGAUUUUGCUUCUCAACUGAAGAGUUCAUUAUUGCAACACUGGUCGAUUGUUCAGGAUUAUAAGAAACGUUGUAAAGAUGAUAUACAUAUUGAAGAUGUUUUACAUGGCAAUGUUCUACGGACGAUUGACGGAUAUAGUACAAACGACGUCAGCUUGACGUUCAACACAGAUGGCGUUGCGAUUUUCAACUCAAACGCAAAAAAAUCUUUAUGGCCAAUCAUAGUUACUAUUAAUGAAUUACCUCCCAAUUUACGAUACUCUCGAAAAAACGUUUUAAUUGCCGGUUUAUGGCUCUCAAAUUCGGAACCAGACCUAGACAUUUUCAUGCGACCUUUUUUUGAACAACUGCGUAGACUCGCAAAGGAAGGACUCCAAUUAGCGAGUGGAAUCACAUGCAAAGUGUUCACGGUAUGUUGCUGUGUCGACAGUAUUGCUAGAUGCAAAAUACAACAAUUGAAACAGUUUAAUGGUUAUGAAGGAUGCAGCUUUUGUAAACACGAGGGAACGUUAACUGAGACAAAGCAAAUUCGAUAUAAGUACGAUAAAAACAUUCUACCAAGAACUCAAAAGGAUAUACUUAAUGCUAUGGCUUUGUUCAGAAAUCGCGGAGAGUGUGUGAGUGGUAUUAAAGGAAUUUCUCCUCUGAUUACUUUACCUAAAUUUGACAUAGUUAACUACUGUCCGGUUGAUUAUAUGCAUUGUGUAUUACUCGGUGUAUGCAAGCAGUUGGCACGUUUGUGGUUAGAAGCAACCAAUUUGGAUUGUUACAUUAAACCACAUUUAGAACACAUUGACACCAUUCUUGAAUCUAUAAACCCAUUUUAUGAAUGCUCCCGUAGUCCACGCAAACUAUCAGAGAGAAAAACUUGGAAGGCAAAUGAGUGGCAAAACUGGUUAUUUGUUUAUAGUUGUUUUUGCUUAAAAGAUGUCUUACCUAUGAAAUACUAUGAUCAUUACUGUAUAUUAAUAGCAAACGUAAGAACUUUGUUGUGUAAUUUAUUGAAUGACUCUGUAAUCCAGCAAUGCGAAAUUAAUUUUCAAAAAUUUGUUCAAGAAUUUGAGAUUUUGUAUGGUUUGGAGCAUAUGACUUAUAAUGUACAUCUUCUAUUACACCUCGCAAAUUGCACUAGAAAUUUUGGGCCAUUGUGGGCAUUUUCCUUAUUUAUUUUCGAAGAUAUAAAUGGAUUAUUGAAAAGAUAUAUCAAAGGACCAAAGGAUCCUAUUCUUCAAAUUGCAAUGCGAUGCGUCAUGGCACAUAAGCGUUACAAUUUAAAUGGAUUUACGCAAUGUCAGGAGAAAGUACAAAUGUUUUGUAAAGCAUUAAGUAUGCAUAAUAGAACUAACACUAUAAAAAGUAAACAUCCAAUUCAAAUCCCAGAAGUUUUAUCAAAUCAAUAUAGUAAACAAUCAUUCUUUGUACAAAAUAAUAUAUUUUAUAACCGAUUCUUCUUUCAGCCAGAUCGUAUACCUGAGGUAGCAGGAAAAAGAAAGAGAAGUGAUUCCACUUUUUCUAUUACAGCGAAUGGGAAAAAAUAUUUAUGGUAUAGUAAAACAAAUAUUGCUGGAUGAAUCACAUACUUAUUUUAUUUACAAUCCUAUCUGUAUUGAUGAUAGUAAUGCCCUCCCGCAGGUUGAUGGGAUUGACGGUAUUGUAAACAUCAUCAAGCCACAAUAUAUUCAAUAGAGUUAUCUAAAUAUAAGGACCUUCGCUCUUUUUAGUUUUUAUUUGCACCAAGUUCUACUACUAGAGGUUAAUUAGUUCUCAUGUUAAUAAUCCACCAAACAUUAUGACUACUGAGGAUGUGAUUUAUAUAAGAAGCCCGCUUCAAGAUGUUGAUUACAAUACGCCUCGAUAGUGGUGUGUCGAGGAGGCCGGGAGGGCUGAUAUGAGCCUUUUGUCUGUUCUAUACCUUUCCUCUAUUCACCAGCUCAUAACCAACAAUCAACCAGUAACAAAUAGAUAAUUGAGAAAGGAUGUGCUAUGUGUGGUGAUUGGCUAUUCAAGUAUUAGUAGUGUUUGAAGUACUAAUGUAUGUCUCAUGUGAUGAUCAUAACUUCAGCUGUAUCUUGUACCUAUCUAAUCUAUUACGUCUCUCAUAU